UUGCACGGUAUGCAGGGGCUCUUACAGACUCUCUCACACACAAGCCAGAAGAGAUAUGGCAUACUGUAAUGGAGCAGAACAGCAAUAAUGUAGAGGAUUUUUCUCUCAAUGUAUUUUCUGUCACACCUUAUCAACCUAGCAGAUCUGAUGUCCUGGUGUCAGAUGAUGACAAAGCUGGUGCUACUUUGUUCUUUUCAGGUGUGUUUCUGGGAUUGGUGGGGAUCACUUUCACAGUGAUGGGUUGGAUCAGAUAUGAAGGCAUUACUCACCUGGAGUGGACUCAGUUAUUAGGGCCGAUUCUGCUUUCUGUUAGCGUGACUUUUAUUCUAAUUGCUGUGUGCAAAUUUAAAAUGCUUACAUGUAAAUCGUGCAAACAAAGUGAUGAAAGUGCAUCAGAUGUGGACCAGGUUCCAAGUCGACAGUCCUUUGUUUUUACUGGAAUUAACCAACCUAUCACUUUUCAUGGUGCUACAGUGGUACAGUACAUCCCUCCUCCUUAUUCAGCCCAGGAGGGAACCACUAUGAAUCCAGCCCAUCUGCACCCAGUGCUUGGCUGUUGUAGUGUUUCUUCUUCAAUUGAAUCAACAAUUCCUACUUCAAGCCCUCCCCAGUACUAUACUGUGUACCCUCUGGAAAAUCCAGCUUUUACUGAAGAUGAGAACUAUCCUGCCUAUCUAGCAGGUGACACAAUGGAUCAGAGAUCAGAUAAGUAUCCUAACGAGCCAGAAGAGUUGCUAGAAGAAAUCUGUGACAACUUCCCACCUCUGCCUUAUGAGGAAAUAUAUCCAUUGUCUUAAUGAAGACUGGAUGACUAGGACUUCAAUAAAGACUGGAUUUCUA